AUGACAGCUACCAUUGAUCAGUUGCAAUCCAGAGAGCGAGUGGAGCCUGGCUCCCACGAUAUCGCCCUGGGAGAAUUUCCUUCAACCUGUUCGACGAUACCCGAAAAUCCGGAUGGCAUUGCCUCGGAAGUAGUAGAGCAGCUCAACCGAAGUCUUUCGGCUAAAGACAAUGCAGGUGUUGCCUCACUGUUCAUCGAGAACAGCUAUUGGCGUGACCACCUGUGUCAUUCAUGGGACUUCCACACCAUCAAGGGAAACCAAGCUAUCUCUGUUUUCACCACUGGGCCGACAGUGCCCAGUAAAAUUGAGAUUGAUCGGUCUUCCGCUCUCAAGGCCCCUCACGUGGGUCCUAUAGAUGCCUUUGGCGAGGUGAAUGGUAUUGAAUUCUUCAUCAAGAUCACUACUCAAAAUGGGCACGGGAAUGGAGUUGUGCGAUUAGCAGAAGAUUCCGGAAAGUGGAAGUUCUUCACUGUCUUCGCCACUCUGGUCGGCGCGACCGGCAUUGACGAAGCAACCGGCCCCAACCGGCCUGCCGGUGCGCAGCAUGGAGAACAACAAGGUAGAAAUAAUUGGAAAGACCGUCGGAUUGACGAGGCCAAUUUUGAAAAGAAAGAUCCGGCUGUUUUGAUUGUUGGAGCUGGACAAGGCGGCCUGACUGCUGCAGCGCGUCUCAAGAUGCUCAACGUCGACACCCUGCUCAUUGACAGGGAAGAGCAAAUCGGUGACAGCUGGAGACAGCGAUACCAUCAGCUCGUACUCCACGACCCUGUUUGGUUUGAUCACAUGCCGUACUUGCCUUUCCCUUCGAGCUGGCCAAUCUUCACACCUAAAGAUAAGCUUGCUGACUUCUUUGAGUCGUACGUCAAGCUUUUGGAACUUAAUGUUUGGACCCGAACAGAGGUCACCUCAUCCUCUUGGGACGAGAGCAAGAAACAAUGGACCAUUGUCCUCGAGCGCAAAAAGCUCGACGGAACCACGGAGACACGCACCUUACACCCUCGUCACAUAAUCCAAGCCACCGGUCACUCAGGCAAGAAGAAGCUUCCUGUAUUCAAAGGAAUGGAGAAUUUCAAGGGCGAUACCAUGUGUCACAGCUCGGAGUUCCCGGGCGCAAAGUCCAACUCGAAUGGCAAAAAGGCAGUCGUGGUUGGAUCCUGUAACUCCGGACACGACAUUGCCCAAGACUUCUUUGAAAAGGGAUACGAUGUGACCAUGGUGCAGCGAAGCUCUACAUGCGUGGUGAGCUCCAACUCCAUCACGUCCAUCGGACUCAAGGGAUUGUAUGAGGAGUCUGGACCUCCGACCGAAGACGCAGAUCUCUACCUGUGGAGUAUUCCUCCACCCCUUUUCAAGACACAGCAGAUCAAAGUCACCAAGGCGAUGAACCAAAAUGAUUCCAAGAUUCUCCUCGGGCUCGAAAAAGCAGGUUUCAAGGUAGACAUGGGUCCAAUGGACGCUGGCCUUUUCAUCAAGUAUUUCCAACGCGGAGGUGGAUAUUAUAUUGAUGUUGGCGCCAGUCAGCUCAUCAUUGAUGGAAAGGUCAAGGUAAAGCAAGGCCAGGAAAUCAGUGAGAUUCUUCCCAAUGGUCUUCGGUUUGCCGAUGGCUCUGAAGUUGAGGCGGAUGAGAUCGUCUUUGCGACUGGAUACCAGAACAUGAGAACCCAGGCUCGGAUAAUCUUUGGCGAUAAGGUUGCUGAUCGCGUUGGCGAUAUCUGGGGCUUUGAUGAAGAGGGAGAAUUCCGGACAAUCUGGCGACGCUCCGGUCACCCUGGAUUCUGGUUCAUGGGUGGCAAUCUUGCCUUGUGUAGAUAUUAUUCUCGUCUGUUGGCAUUGCAGAUCAAGGCACUUGAGGACGGUCUGACCACUUACUAG